AUGUCCGUCGCCAUCUUCCCCGCCUCAGGAGGCCUCGGCACGAGCACUUACACCCACCUCCUCGACUCGAAGCAAAUCCCCGCCUCCGACGUCGUCCUCAUCAGCCGCUUCCCCGACAAGACGCCCAAGCUCUACCAGGAGCAGGGCGUCCAGCUGCGCCGCGCCACCUUCGAGGACAGCCCCGCCGACCUCGAGGCCGCCUUCAGGGGCGUCAAGACGCUCUUCCUCAUCUCCUACCCGAGCCACAACCGCAGCUACCGCACGCCCCUGCAGCUCGCCGCCCUCGACGCCGCCCACCGCGCCGGCGUCAAGCACGUCUUCUACUCCUCCCUCGCCUUCGCCCUGCCGGAAAAGGACACCACCAGGGCGGAGGUCAUGGGCACGCACCUCGACACCGAGGCUCAUCUCCGCAAGAUCGCCGCCCAGGACCCGGAGUUUACAUGGACCUCGGUCAGGGAGGGCCUCUACAGCGAGUCCACCCCCAUCUACACCGCCUUCAUCGACCUCAAGGACCCGGCCAGCACCGAGAUCCGCAUCCCCCACGACGGCUCCGGCCCGGGCAUCAGCUGGGCCAAGCGCGACGAGCUGGGCGAGGCCACCGCCGUCCUCAUCGCCCAGUACUUCAAGGACCCGGCCAACUUCCCCUGGAAGAACAAGAUUGUUCUCCUGACGGGAGCCCGCGAGUGGUCCCUCGCCGAGACCGCAAAGGUGCUCUCCUCCGUUGCCGGCAGGGAGCUCACCAUCCGCCAGGUCUCCGUCGACGAGUACGUCAACCAGCCGCAGGUCCUCGAGCACUUUGGCUCCGCCGAGCUCGCCCGCACCUGGGCCACUUCCUGGGAAGCCAUUCGGGACGGCGAAACGGCCUAUGUGUCACCCACCUUGGAGCAGCUGCUGGGCCGUCGUCCUGAGGAGUUUGAUGUGACUGUCAAGAACCUUUACGGUGCUAAAUGA